ACGAGGAAAAAAAACGAAAUUAGGAGACUAUGAGAGAACGAAGAAGCGGAAAACAGUAUGACUUACGCGGCGCAUGUUGCCGAUAAACGCCACGUAUAACGCUAAUCCGAACUCGCAGGCUGCAGCAAUAAACCCAGAUGAAUUAAUGAACGGAAGUCGGAACUCGGACUCGGAAGCAGCAGCCUCCGAUUAGGAGAGAAGUUAGAAGCCAUAGGUGAUACGACAACAAGUCUUCCAAGUUCCAAAUCGAAAGAAAGACACUCUAGUAGGGUGGAGAAACCUCGAAUGGAGAUGGAGUUGGACCUCAACCAACCAUAGUUUUCUUCCAAAUCUCUUUUUCUCCCCCCUCCCCUUUCUGUUGACCAAAACCUCUCAAUAAAAUAGAAAACCCUCUCUUCUUUUUCUUUUUCCCCUCUUCUUAUAUACCGACUCCAAAUGUUCUGUUAGAAUUCUCGCAAGUUUUUGGUUAUCUCCCUCACUUUCAUUACUCAAGUGAGAAAGCGAAAAUUAAAGAGGAUUGUAUUAUGUUCGAAUGAAGAUCGUUUCGAGUUGCUCUCAGUCUUGCUGGUGUUGCACUAUUUUGUAUUGUUAGUGGGUUUCGAUGACCAUGGGCACGGACUCCGAUUCGAACGGCUGGAGCCGAGCCCGGGGUCUGGUAAUUAAAACGCUGGUUUUGAUUGGAGGGGCGUUUCUGCUUAAGAGACUCACCAAGUCCACCACCAGAUGGGAUCAUGCUCGAAUUGUCGCCGAAUCCCUCAGCGGUGAGAAGUUCUCGCGGGAGCAAGCUUCUAGAGACCCGGAUAAUUACUUCAAUUUGAGAAUGCUUACAUGCCCAGCAGCAGAGAUAGUGGAUAGUUCAAGGGUCCUAUAUUUUGAACAAGCAUUUUGGAGAACUCCUCAGAAGCCCUUCCGACAGAGAUUUUAUAUGGUCAAACCUUGUCCAAAAGAGAUGAAAUGUGAUGUAGAGCUAAGUUCAUAUGCCAUUAGAGAUGCAGAGGAGUACAAAAACUUUUGUGAUCGUCCAAAAGACCAGCGCCCACUUCCAGAAGAAGUUAUUGGGGACAUUGGAGAACAUUUAACAACUAUUCAUCUCAAGCGUUGUGAACGUGGAAAGCGGUGCUUAUAUGAAGGAACAACCCCACCAGGCGGCUUCCCUAAUUCAUGGAAUGAUGCAACGAACUGUACUUCUGAACUUGCAGUCCUAAAGAACAACGAAGUACACACUUGGGACAGAGGUUAUGACGAUGACGGAAAUCAAGCUUGGGGAGUAAAGGAAGGUCCAUAUGAGUUCAAACCUGCACCUAGCUCAAGUUUCAAUGAAAUGUUUUCUCCUCUAAAUUUCCCUCCGCCAUUAUCUACAGAGAAAAGGAUAGAUGGUUCAUUUGUCCUACAGGAUUGAUUACGUACAGAAAAAUAUAUGCACAAUGUAAAUUUCAGCUCCUGUUAUUAAAUUUUCCAAUUAUGUUUGUGAGUUACCCACAUCUUUCUAUGUGAUAGCAUUCCAUAUCCGAAGAUGUAAUAUUGCAAAGGGCAACCUCAGCAUAAGUUGAGGGUUGCAUGGCCACUUGUAAAUCCCAUUUUGAUAGCAUUUUGUGGGUUGGUAGCCUAGAUUUCAUUUCCAUUCAGAUGAGAAAGCUUUGUUGCUGGUGGUAGUUCUCUGCGUUA